AGAAAAAUAACAAUAUUUUCCAGACAUUUGAAAUAGCUGCAAGUGCUUGUUGGUCGUAGAUCUACCGAUCGUGUUCCAUCCAGCUAGUGUUGUCGGUUCGCAAUGGUUCAUAGAUCACGCGGGCAGUGUUGAGAAAGGUCUCUUGUUGAACUAACUUCUUUACUUCAUUCACACUGUGAGUGUGAUCACGCGCUCUGCGAUAUUUUACCUACGCACCCAUUCAAAAUCGUUGCAACAAUACGUCACUUUGCCCAAGUCAAUGGAGAACAAAGAAGCACUUGUGCCUGACGACGAGCGGAUCAAGAAACGUGAGAUCGAGGAGCUUUUCAAGAAAUUGGAUGUGAACAAUGACGGAGUACUAGAUGCAGAUGAGCUGAAGCAAGGACUGCAAAAAUUGGGACAUAAAACUAACACAAAAGAGGUGGAGCGCUUGCUGGGUCGAGUAGACUCUGAUGGAAAUCAGCAGGUAGACAUCCGUGAGUUCAUCAAAUACGUCGGCGACCACGAGAAAAAGCUUUGGUUGACCUUCAAAGAUGUGGACAAAAAUGAUGAUGGUUUGAUUGACGAGGAUGAGCUGAAGCGACUAUUUUCUAGCUUAGGCUUGAAACUAUCACACCAGGAGGCAAAGCGCUUAAUGUCAUCUAUGGAUACAGACGGCAAGAUAGAAAUUAACUUUUCCGAGUGGCGGGAAUUUCUCUUGCUGAACCCUGACGAGAAUAUCCGUGCAAUUGUCAACUGGUGGAGACACUCCCUGGGCAUUGACAUCGGUGACAAUGUCAUUGUACCGGAUGACUUCUCCGACGAGGAGAAAGUCACCGGCAUGUGGUGGAGGCAGCUAGUGGCUGGCGCCGCAGCUGGUGCAGUAUCCCGAACCUGCACAGCUCCGCUGGAUCGGCUCAAGAUUCUUCUGCAGGUGGAAGGUGCACGCCAAAACCUCAACAUUGUGACUGGCUUCAAGAAAAUGCUGAAGGAGGGUGGCGCACGGUCCUUAUGGCGAGGCAAUGGUGUCAAUGUUAUCAAGAUUGCGCCGGAGUCCGCCAUCAAAUUCUUUGCGUAUGAAUAUAUAAAGAAGUGGUUUGCAGACGACCAGGGUGCGUUGUCGGUGGGACGCCGUCUUCUCGCUGGAUCGUCGGCUGGUGUUAUUGCACAAGUCAGCAUCUACCCAAUGGAGGUGCUGAAAACUCGGCUAGCACUGGCGACAACUGGCCAGUACAGCAGCCUGGCGGAUGCGGCGGUGAAGAUUGCUCGCCAGGAAGGAGCAGUGGGCCUGUACCGUGGCAUCACUCCCAGUUUACUCGGUAUCAUACCCUAUGCUGGCAUUGACCUUACAGUGUAUGAGCUUCUAAAGCAGAGGUGGUUGACAUCGCAUGACAGCCAAAACAAGCCAGGAACGGUGGUUUUGCUUGGAUGCGGUGCUGUAUCCAGUACAUGUGGACAGCUGGCUAGCUACCCCCUGGCUCUAGUGCGCACUCGCCUGCAAGCCGUCGACAAAAUCUCGGCGAUCAAGCUAGGCCAUCCGACCACCAUGGCUGGUGUAUUUGGCCAGAUCAUCAAGCAAGAAGGCCCGCGCGGCCUCUACCGCGGACUGGCGCCCAACUUCAUGAAGGUGCUGCCCGCGGUCAGCAUCAGCUACGCCGUGUACGAGAAGUGCAAGGACCUGCUGGGUGUCAAGUAGCAGUGCACCGGCAGGUGCGCGUGCGCGUGUUUAGGCAGCAGCUCAGGUGCAAGAGUAAGAAACUCUGGCACAGUAGGUACGCCGGCUGUCCUGGCCAAGCCAAUAGCGAUAUCACAAUCUAGGUCUUCUUGAAGUACACAUUCUUUAUUAUCUUUUUCAGUCGGACGAGGCUAUUGACUAGCCUUGCUCUGAACUGCACUCUAGGUAGGAGAGAAUUGGUUUUUUUACCUUCUUUUUUAAGUCUUCAUAAAUUUUACGGAUUGAGUGGAAUCAGCUGAACCCACAGAAUGAUGGGUCAAACCUGAUCUUCAGUUAUGUUAUCCGGCAAACCGAUUUUAAUAGCCUAAUUCCGGCCAUGUGUUCUCAGAACCACUCUCGUUUCCCUCCUAGUCACGUACACACUAGAAUUAUUCACGUACGCAAACACAAGAACACACAUCUUCUCGUGGAUGUUCAAUCUACUUUUCUGCUCAUACCCGCACAUGCACCCACCCACGCAAACACAUGCUUGUUCGCCUGAGCGCAAGCGUGGGUACUAGCAACAGUGCUCUAGCCGAGAUACAUCAAGUCCACACCGGAGCUCCCCUUAGAGUUCAACGUGUAAAUAUUUAUAUAUUUUCGUUUUGUUUAGCCCCAAUGUCUGUAAUACUCGUGCUGUCUGUUAUCCCUGGGAAUUAUAUUAUCAACUGGACUUUCUGGCAUUUAUAUUUUGAUGAUCUCAGUUCUCAGUGUAAUAAAGCUAGAUGAUGCAAAAGUGUUA